GUGUCCAACAUCAUAUCGCAAACCCCUAGAAGUAAUAAAGAUAUGCUAGCUGAAACUAGGCUGACCGAUAUGGAGAUUUCUGCCCAAAAGACAGGGCUGGAGGAACAAUUAAAAAUUCUGAAAAAUGAAAGAUCAUCCAUGGAUGUUUUUGAAGGCAGUGUCAAUGACAUCGACAAGUACAUUCAACAGUUAGAAGCAGAAGUUAAAGAAUCCCAAAAACACAUUACUAUUCUGAAACAGAGAAAUAAAAGAAAAGUGAAAAAGCUCCAAACCGAAUUGGUUCAAGCAAAACAAGAGGCUGCGCUUGUUGCUAUAGAAAUGAAAGAGAAGAUUCGAAGUAUAGAAGAGAGACACUCCACUAGAGGCAAGGAGAGGUCAUGCCAUGUGCCGUCUGAAGUCAGUUCUGAUGAAAAAAAUCGACUUUGCCUCAUCCUUGAGCUGUCUAGCCAGGUGUCCCAACAGCAGGCAUCCAUAAAUCGCCUGGAAGCAGCCUUGGAGCAGAAAGACGUGAAGCUUAAAGAACUGGAGGCAGCUCAUGCAAUAUUGGUGCAUGCUGCCGAAUGCAAUAAAGUAUCAUCAUCAAGACAGCCUGGUAGUGGGCCCAGUUCUGAGCAUCGAAGAACAAGACUUUUGGAGUCUAACAGCUCAGUUGAUGCAAUGCUGUCAGCUGAAGACAAACCACCCAGUGGUAAAAUUAUGGAACACAACUCUGCCUUGGGACAGAAGUUAAUGCAAGGAUCAGCCUUAAAACUGAGUGAAAACCUUGGACUGGAGAAGAUGCAAAGCUCUGAGGAAAUGAUGAAGAGCCACAGAACUGGGUCUGCUACUUCUACAGAGAGUGGAGUGUCCAUGACUGUGUGUGAGACAGAACCCCUGGAAGACACCAAUUAAAAUGCAAACCUUUUAGAAAUGUAGUAAAAAACUAACACAGCAAUAUAACAGGCUGCACAUUUUUAUAUUAUGGGUUCAUUACUAAACAAUUAACCUAUACAUGACCAGAAGUAACACACAUAUUUGCAAAGGCAUACAGUAUGUAGGUGUUCAGUGAUCUAAUUGUAGUCUAAUUCAGAACUAUGCAUACCGGUACUAAUAUUUAAACAUUAAUGGCCAUACAGGUUUACAAAAUGAUCUAGAGAACGAUAGCACGAUGGCGGUAUGAUGACAUCACAAAUCUAGAAAAGAACAUUCCAUUCUGUUCGUUAUUUUUCUUUUGGGAAAUACUGUAGUAGAAAAGUUGAUCGUUUAAAUAUAUUUGACAUUGUUAAUGCUAACAUUGGUACACUGAAUUUUUAACAGUAGCUCCCAAAAUAUAUCUUUCUGUUUACUUGUUUUAAUUAAAUCGGAUUGAUAUUGUUUGUUUAAAACACAGUAAUGAGGCUUUUUGUUUAUGCUAGCGGGCGUUCACUGGUAAAUAAUGACCUGACAUACUGUAUCUUGAUUGGCUGAGGCGGUGUCCGAUGUUCUAUUAUGUUUCUAAAAAAGAAUGCCACUUUCCAAGGUUAUUGCACCUACCAGGAUUACAAAUGAAUGUAGCCUAACAGAUCUUCUAUACGGAUUGGUUAUCUUGAUAAUACAGUAGAAGUAAUCCUACUACAAAUUUUCAGAUAAGAAUUCUUACAUGAUUUUACACUUUGAUAAACUGAAUAUUCUGGUGUGACAAGCUCACAGAUAGUGAAUCAUUGGCAUGUAUCAUAAGUUCCAAUUUUAUAAAACUCGGGUGCUUCCUCUUGUGUCUCCAAAUGUUCUAGGAUGGUUGAUGUUAGUGGUGGUUUACAACACACUCCAUUUGUAGGAGGAAAUGCACAAUGUACAGACAUGUUUAGUAAAACUUGAAAAAAAAAGCUUGUUGCAUUGGACAAUAAAUCAGUGAUUGCACUAUAUAUAUGUUUUAAAGGCUUUGCUAUUGCCAUUUAUCAGAAACUACAGUUUGUGAUGUAGUUCUUGAAAUGUACAGUUGGUCCUUAUUUUUAAAUAGGCCAGCUGAUUUUCAGUUAAAUACAUAUUAUUUAUUUCUUAACAGACACCCUUAUCCAGGGCAACUUACAAUUGUUACAAGAUAUCACAUUAUCUUUACAUACAAUUAAGUUAUUUUUACAUACAAUUACCCAUUUAUACAGUUGGGUUUUUAACUGGAGCAAUCUAGGUAAAGUACCUUGCUCAAGGGUACAGCAGCAACGUCCCCCACCUGGGAUUGAACCCAUGCCCCUCUGGUCAAGAGUCCAGAGCCCUAACCACUACUCCACACUGCUACCCCAUGAAAACAAUCAUCUGAUGUUAACUACUGUGUUCUUAAUAUUGAAAUAAAUCCAGGAUUCAAACCUUAAACUAGUUAAAAGGGUAAAUUGAAAUUGACGCUCCUCUCUCUUCUCAGUAUAUAGAAUCCCUUGGAGGUUGUUUAAAGGUACUUUUUGUGAGUGUUAAGGCU